AUGGUAAGGAAAAAUCCCGUGGCAGCUGGAAGCCUUCAGAAGAAGGAAUCUGUUUCUACGAGAGAAGCAGCAGCAGAAAGUCUAAAAAGAAAAUUGGAGGAUUUAAAUGCCUUGAAGGAAGACACUGAAUCAAGAAUGAGGGCAGAGCUGUAUCCGAGUAAGAAACUCAAGAAAGAAGUUCAUCUAUGGUUGGGGAUUGUUGAAAGAAUAAAUGGUGAAAUACAAAACCUCGAACAAAGAGUUAAGAAAAGCAGUGCUGUCUCAUGUGGAAUUCACACAGAGACACAAGAAGUUGAGGAACUUCUUCAACAGGGUAAAUUUGAUCAAGGUUUGGUAGUUGAUAACCUUACGAGGAUUGGUCAAGCUUUGUCAACAACAACUUUACUCGGGAACGCAGCAGAGCUUUGUAUGAAAGAAAUUUGGGCAUACUUGAUGGAUGAUGAUAUUCGAAAGAUUGGAGUUUGGGGAAUGGGAGGAGUGGGUAAAACAACAAUCAUGAAGAUCAUCAACAAUCAACUUUUAAAAGAGGCUCAAAAGUUCAACAUUGUGAUAUGGAUCACUGUAUCGAAGGAGAUGAACGUGUCCAAGAUUCAAAAAUGCAUCUCACGUGCAAUGGGAUUUACCCUUCCUGACGACGAGGAUGAAACAAUAAGGGCAGGGGUGCUACACGAAAUGUUGACUCGAAAAGGUAAGCAUGUGUUAAUUUUAGAUGAUCUAUGGUAUAAAUUUUCUCUUGAAGAAGUAGGAAUCCCCGAGCCAUCUAAUGAGAGUAAGUUAGUAGUGACAACUCGUAUGUUGGAUGUGUGUCGCUAUUUGGAUUGUCGAGAAGUUAGAAUGCCUACUCUUUCGAAACAAGAUGUAUUGAGUUUAUUCUUAAAGAAAGUAGGUGGGGAUGUUCUUAAUUAUCCAGAUAUAUUACCAAUUGUGGAAUCUAUUGUUGAGCAAUGUGCUGGUUUACCCUUAGCUAUAGUUACAGUAGCUAGAAGUAUGAAGGGCAUAAGAAACGUUCAUGAAUGGAGGAAUGCACUAAAUGAAUUAAGUAGAUGUGUAAAAAAUGUGACUGUGUUAAAUGAAAAGAUAUUUCAGCAAUUGCAGUUUAGCUAUAAUAAUUUAAAAGAUGAAAAAGUCCAGCAUUGCUUCCUCUGUUGUGCAUUAUAUCCCGAAGAUUGGGAAAUCUAUGAUAAGGAGCUAAUAGAACUUUGGAUUGCCGAGGGGCUUGUGGACGACAUGGAUAGCCAACAAGCAGAGUUUGAUCAAGGGUAUACCAUAUUGAAUUAACUAAAAAAUAAUUGCUUAUUAGAAUAUGAUGAAUCUACCAAUAACAUGAAGUUGCAUGACCUUGUAGAAUGGGCAGAAGAUUUAGAAAAGGUUUCAUUGAUGAGAAAUGAUUCUUUACAAAUUCCACCACAAAUGUUACCACCAAAAUGCCACAUGUUGUUAAAGCUGUCCGAUAUGAGGUCCGAUCCGAUACCACUUGUCACGGGAUGCUUUAUAAAGAGCAUUCCAGAUUAUUUCUUUGAGCAUAUGAAGGGACUCAAGGUUCUUGACUUUUCUAAGAAUCUUAUUAAAACUUUGCCAAGUUCCAUCUCUAAUUUGGAAGCUCUCACUGCAUUAUUGCUUAAGGGAUUACCAUGCAUUGAAUUAAAUGGUUGUACAAUCUAUAGAGACUGUGUUAAGUUCCCAUCCGAUCUUCAGCAAUUGAAUAUUGCCAACGGUAUUGUUGAUUUCCAUGAAGAAGAGGCAUUUUUUCCGUGGUUUAUAUCAACGCCAAAUGGCAUGUUUUCUUUUCUUAAAGAAAUUAAUAGAGGACACUGCAAAAAAAUAAAAAGGUUGUUCACGUGUAGUUGGGUGCUAAGGAACCUCCAAAAUUUGGAAGUGUUACAUGUUUGGGGAUGUCAACUGAUGGAGGAAAUAAUAGGUUCAGAAACAGAAUUUGUUAAGCAGGAAGGAACGGGUAGCAGUAAUAGUAAUACCAUCCAAUUUACUCUUUCCAAGUUAAGGAUAUUGGCAUUGUGGAGAUUACCAAAACUGAAAAGUAUUUGUAGUGCAAACAGAGUAAUGGUUUGUGAUUCUCUUGAACAGAUUCAAAUCAGAUAUUGUCCAAAAUUACAGAGGAUCCCUCUGUAUCUUCCCCUGCUUGAUGAUGGUCAACCAUUGCCUCCUCCUUCUCUUAAUGAAAUCCUUGUAUCUCCAAAGGAGUGGUGGAACACGGUGGAGUGGAACCAUCCCACUGCCAAGACUCUAUCGGAGCCAUUUUUGGAAUACAACAUAAAUUUCAGACGGUAUUCCAACUAA